UUGUCUCUCGCACGCAGGCUCGGCGCGCGCGCCCUCGCAGCCCUGUUUGUUUGUGUUGGAGAGAGAGAGCGAGAGAGCUUGGAAAUGGCGGAGAGCACCGAGAAUAGUGACAACUUGGCUUCGCGAACUGGGCCAUCCCUACCGACGCGUAAUCUCGGCCGCGCACGGGAGUGACACGACGAGCCGCCCCAGUACCAGCUGCAGCAGCGCGGGGGGGGAAGACUCGAGGAGGGCCGACGCGCAUUUUUUUGGGGGGGGGGUCUAGCGCGGUGUGGGUGCUUAGCCAGGCUGGCUAGCUGUGGCUAAGCUAACUGACGCUGAGGCUCGCUGGCUUCGAGUCGUGUGUGAUUUUUUUCCCUCCCCCUUUCCUCCUCCUCCACGCAGGCUUGUUUGUCAACACACGCCGAUGGUAACUUGUUAGCCAGCCUGCUAAUCGCAACAAAAAGCCCAACUUGCGCGUGCUUUUAUCGGAUGUUACGUGUCAGCCGCUGCGGAGCGAGUGUAAAGUUACCCACGUAAAGUUAGCAACAACACUCUCAAAAACGGCCCAACGUUAUCCGUCAGGCAAGUUCACUUAGCUGCUUGGAGCUAACUCGGCUAACUGGCUGUUGUUGGACGCCCCGCAACAGCGGGGGAGGCGCGGAGACUUCUCGUGGGAUGUAAGAGAAGGGAAUAAAGAAGACCAAACAACAAUCGUGGAGCGUCUGCAAGAGCACACCGAGAGGACGACGUCUGCUUAUGCCAAAACAAGGUGCGCCCGCCAUGUUGCCAGGUGACGGAGGGACCCCCACGCCACCUUAACCGCCGGGCCUCCCAUCGCCUCCUCGGACAUGACUCCGCCCCCGGCGACAUAAGACCAGGUCAGUCAAAGCUGAAAAUGAGCGCCGUCGGGGAAAGUCCCUUGGACCCUGACACGGCCGAGUCGCGCAAGAGGAAAGGCUCGCCAUGCGACACGUCGGCGCAAAGCCUGGAGAAGCGGCGGCGCGAGCUGGAGAGCCGCUACAUCGGCGAGCUGGCCGAGCUGCUCUCCUCCAACAUGGCCGACAUCGCCAGUCUCAGCGGCAAGCCCGACCAGUGCCACAUCCUCAAGAGCACCGUGGACCAAAUCCAGCAGAUGAAGCGGCGCGAGCUGGAAAAAGCAGCUCUUUGCUCUCCGGACGACGCCGUGCAGAAGAGCGACAUCUCCUCCAGUAGCCAGGGCCUGCUGGAGAAAGAAGCCCUCGGACCCAUGCUGCUGGAGGCUCUGGACGGCUUCUUCUUCGUGGUAAACCGCGAGGGCCGCAUCGUGUUUGUCUCGGAGAACGUGCUAAGCUACCUGGGCUACCCUCAGGAGGAGCUGAUGAUGUCCAGCGUCUACAGCAUCCUGCACGUGGGAGACCACAACGAGUUUGUCCGCAAUCUGCUGCCCAAAAGUCUGGUGAACGGCGGCGCGCCUUGGCCUCAGGAGUCCAGCCGCAGGAGCAGCCACAGCUUCAACUGCCGCAUGCUGAAGAGGCCGCCCGACGAGAUGGACUCGGAGAACCAGGAGGCCCGGCAACAGUACGAGAUCAUGCAGUGCUUUACCGUGUCGCAGCCUCGCGCCGCCGUGCAGGAGGAAGGCGACGACCUGCAAAGCUGCCUGAUCUGCAUCGCCUGCCGGACGCCUCGGGCCCAGCCUGCCAGCACGGAGUCUUUUAUCACCAAGCAGGACCCCACAGGAAAGAUCAUCUCCAUCGAGACCAGUGCAUUGCGGGCGAGCGGCCGGGCCGGCUGGGAGGACCUGGUCCGGAAGUGCAUCUACGCCUUCUUCCAGCCGCAGGGCAAAGAGCCCUCCCAUGCCAAAAAGCUGCUACAUGAGGUGAUGAGCCACGGCACCGCCAUCAGCCCGCUGUACCGCUUCGCCUUGAGCGACGGCACGCCGCUCAGCGCUCAGACCCGCUGCAAGUUCUGCUGCCCCCCCAACCCAGACGUUCAGCCCUUCAUCUUGGGCAUUCACACUAUUGACAGGGAACACAACACUGGUAGCUCUCAGGAAAACACUAACCCCAGCCUUCAGCCAACCCUGGGCAACCUGGCCCAGGCGCCCUCACGCUCGCCAGUCUUCGCUGCCGGCAGCAACUCAAAACAAACCUCAGGCCCCGUCGCCACCGCCUCCUCCGCCCCCUCCGCCUCCACGGGACUUCCCGCCGGCAACAACAGCGUCUCCCCCCAACGACUGAACCCGGCCGCCGGCUACCCUCCGCCCGGCCGGACGCGUCCCCAGCAGGGCAGCAGCCCGUCGCCUCUCAGCAGCCCCGCCACAGCCGCCCCUACCUCGUUUAUGUCGCGGGCCAGUCCCGGGCUGGCCGAGAGCCCGCGGGUGCCGGGCCUCCACUCGCCAGCGGGUGCACUGAACAGACAACACUCUGGCGCCGACGCGAGCAACGGCGCCCAGGCCGGGUCGAAAGCAUGCUUGUCCAGACAAGCGGGGACCCCCACCGGGUUCUCCUCUCCCGGGCCGGGAGCGGAGGGUGGGGUAGAGGACUCUGUCAAAGCCCCCCUGCCCUCUGUCGCGGCUCAUCUCAGACUUAGUCAGCCGCUGGACAGCAACGGGACAGGAAGCGACACCAGCGACGUCCACCGCACCUCGUUGCCUCAUCCGAAACCUCCUCCCGGCCCUCAGUGUCCCGCCUCCCACAGCACACUGAGGGAACGUCACAAGAUCUUACACCGACUGCUCCAAGACAGCAGCGACUCCAGCGCCUCGGCCACCGCCGCCACCUCCGAGGACGGCAGAGGCGAGGUGGAGAUCAAGAAAGAGCCACCAUCCAGUCCCGUGGUGAGCGCCGGGCUGCAACGCUCCAGUUCCAGAGAGCCGCAGGACCACCAGCUGCUGCGCUUUCUGCUCGACACCGAUGAGAAGGACUUGGGAGACCUGCCUCCUCCAUCUGCUCUCAGCCUGCAGACAGUUCGGGUGAAGGUGGAGAAGCGAGGCGGGGGGGAGGGAUGCGCGGCCGCCGUGGCUUCGGGCCCCGCCUCCAAGACCCCCUCCUCCUCGGCCAGCGUCAGCCCCAAAUCCAGCCCCGUGGGGGAGAGGAGGCGAGAGAGCCGGCGAGACAGCCGGCGGGAUAGCAGGGACUCCAUGAUGUCUGGCGGCACCUCCGACACGGAGCCCCUCGCUCAGCCGACGCCCUCCCUCAGGGGCUCGAGCGUAGCCAAGCAGGGCGCCGACGACGCGGACGCCCCCGGGGCAGGCCCUCAGCUCCACUCUCCGGCCCCCCAGACCCCGGCGCAGCUCCAGUCGCCGGGGCCUCCGCUGCAGUCUCCGGUGUCGCAGCCCCGCUUGCAGUCGCCGUCGCCGCAGCUCCACUCGCCCUCCCCCAAGCUAAAGCUCCAGUCGCCCACCCAAGCGCAGCCCGGCGGCAUCGGUGUGAAGAGGGAACUGCCCAGCACUCCCAACAGAGGCAACGUUGAAGGGGGCCUCGCUUCAGGCUGCAAUCCCCCCAAUCAGUCGGCCUUCGAUUUCUGCGGUCCCCUGACUCCGAGCCAGGCCCAAGGAACGGGACACGUGGACCUCUUCCAGGCCCCCAAAGACAGCGGCAGUCCCUUCCCUGAGGCUGAAAUCGCCAACCCGUUCAGUUCAAGCACUGGCCCGUCCAAGUUAGAUUUGGCCGAGUCGCAGUUCCAGCCGCUGUCUCUGACCGACUCGCAGUUCCAGCCUCUGUCUCUGACCGACUCGUUGUCCUUUGAUGCCCUGGGAACGCCCCUGCAAGCGCCUUUUACCUCGCCACAAGAGCAGUGCGUCCCUUGUACGCUGGACGAAGUCCUGGGUCCCCCGACCACGGCCGAGGCCCGGAAUGACGAGAAGGCUCUGCUGGAGCAGCUGGUCUCCUUCCUCAGCGGCACUGAUGAAAGUGAACUGGCCGAGCUGGACAAAGCUCUGGGGAUCGACAAACUGGUGCAGGGCGGCUGCUACGACCCACUGCCCCAGAACCUCCCCACUCAGCAAGUCACUGCCAACCCGCUGCCAUCCUACCCUCCCCGGUUUGCGCCGCCCGCUCAGUUCCCGGCAGAGCUGGCCACCGUGGGGCAGCAGCAGGCGCCGGGCUUCGGGCCAGCCCGGGGGACCUUCCUCGGCAGGGCCCCCGGCGCCGCGGCGGGUCUGCGUCCGCAGGGGAUGCCCCGCCCGCCGCAGGGCAUGGCCGUCCAGCUCAGGCUGCCGCCAAACCAACUGCGGCUGCAACUCCAGCAGAGACUCCAGGGUCCGCAGCAGCUUCAGAACCGUCUCGCCAUGAAUUCGUUCCCUGUCGGAGCAGGAGGCCAGCACGUCAACAUGGCCGUUCGUCUGGGGGCGCCGCAACCUCAAAUACCUUCGCAGCCUCCGCUAAACGCGCAGAUGCUGGCUCAGCGUCAGAGAGAGCUGUACAGCAUCCAGCACCGCCAGCGUCAGCUUUUUCAGCAGAAGGUCAUGCUGAUGAGACAGAACAUGGCAGGCGCCGCCGCCGCCCCGGCCGCCACCCCGGCCGUCGCCAGGCUGCCCAAAGGCGACAACGCGUCCGCGUCUCAGCAGCAGGCGCAGUUCAACUUCCCCGCCGGCUACGGCCCGGUGCCGGGGAAUCCUCCUACCUCACCCGGUCACUUUAGCGGCGGCCCGGUGCCGGGAGGGCCGCCCAUCCCGGGCCCCCCCCUGGAUGGCAAAAUGAGGAGCCAGACGGCGUUGCUGGGCGGCGUGCCGGCUCCUCCCUUCGGUGGCGCCCCCUCGUUGCAGCAGCAGCAAGGUCUGAUGCAGCAGUUUGGGGCGGUCCGGCCGGACUCGCCUUUCCCUCCUGAGAUCAGCCCCGGCAGUCCGCUUUUGUCGCCUCAGAACUCCUCUUCCCAGAGUCCUUUGCUCCAGCAAGCCCCGCCCCCUAGCUACCAGUCUCCAGAUAUGAAGAGCUGGCCACCAGCCAGCAACAGCCUGUUCAGUCCGUCGUCGCAGCACAGCGGGGGGCAAACGUUCGGCCAGCAGGGGGUCUACAACAACAUGAGCAUCACCGUGUCCAUGGCGGGGGGCUCGGCCGGCGCGGGCCCCUUACCGUCCUUGGGGCAGCUCGGCGGCGGCGGCAUGGCCUCGCUGUGCAGCGACCAGCAGGUGCAGCAGGCGCAGCAGGCGCAGCAGUCGCAGCAGGCGCAGCAGGCGCAGCAGGCGCAGCAGGCGCAGCAGGCGCAGCAGGCGCAGCAGGCGCAGCAGGCGCAGCAGGCGCAGCAGGCGCAGCAGGCGCAAGUGUUUGCCGACGUCCAGUGCACCGUCAACCUGGUGGGCGGCGACUCGUACCUGAGUCAGGGCUCAGCCGCCGGCGCCGGCCAGAAGGCUCUUGGACCUCCGCCGGGCGGCCAGAGCAGCCAGGCCCAGCAGAAGAGCCUCCUCCAGCAGCUGCUCACCGAGUGACCCCGCCACCCCCGUUCCCGCCUCAAACCGACAGAGCACCACUCCCUCUUUACUCGUACGACUCCUCUGCACCCGUGGCAUUCUCACCUCAGGACGGACGGAGGGCGUCCGGCCGUGGAUGGCGUGGCGCCGACGCCCCGACGAGGGGCCGGCGCCGGCGAGCCGUCUGUCUGACAACCUGUCUGUCUGCCUCAGCCUACUCAAGGCAGCGUUGUCUUUGCUGCUCAUCCCCCCCCCCCCCCCCCUCCUGGUUGCUGUCCAAUUGGGACACGGGAGUACCUCGGAGGGGCGACGGCCCCCGCCUGGGCUUUUUUUGGUUCUCUUUUCCGGGAAUGUGACGACGGAAGCUCGGUAUCAGCUGGUUCUGCGACGCUCUCUCUCUCUCUGUCAGCUACACAGUGCCUGGUGGAAGUUUGAGCUUCUUCGUUUUCUUCUUCCACACUCGAUUAUUCGAUUUGGUUGUUGUCGUUAUUUUUUGUUUUGUCGUCGUUCUUCUCUCUUCGUUGUCGUCGUCGUCAUCUCUGACAACAGCCCGCAAAGGACGCGGUGACGAUAAGUGGAUGGGAGACAGACGGACGGACGGGAUGCUGCUCACUUUUGAUUUUUUUGGAACAAGUAUCAAAGACAACAACCGUGACUGACUGUUGGGAUGACUUCACAGUCGCGUGUUUAUUCGCCCUCCCUCCCUCCCUCACCUCACCGGCUCAGUAGCUGUCAAUACGAGGCCUCCCCCAUUCUCUCUUUCUAUCCCGCGCUAACUCGGCCUAUCAGUGUUGUUUGCCACGCAAGGCGUGCGUGCCGUGCCGUGCCGUGCCGUGGCGUGGCGUGGCGUUGUACAGUACAGUACAGAAGGAAAGACAUUACCAGAUGAAAACAAAAUGUGGAAAAUGCCCCUUUCACGCGGCGCCGUCAAGGUGUAUCAAGCGUCACUCGGCAGCACCGACAUUGGACUGCCGAGUACUUCUCUGAAUCCGGCACUGAUAUUCAACUGCCCUUCUAAGCACUCGAGAGGGAACCAAGAUGGCAGCCGACUCCGGCUCUCUAUGCAAAAUUCCCACUUCCGAAUUUGGCACCAAGAGUCAACCCCCACUUUGCAAACGCAACAUCCUCAAUGACACGGUUCUGACGUAUUCCUGAAUCCGGCACCAACGUUUCAAGCAGCUGGCCAUUUGACCUACCCAAGAUGGCCGCCGGUUCAGUGUGAAAGGGGGCUCUCAUUGCAACAGUAUCCGAGUCGUAGCGUACUGAUCUAUAUUGCCGAGUCGGCGGCAAACAUUCUCUCUCUCUCUCCCGCGCCAACCUAAACCCGUUUGCCGUCUGGGCAUCCUGCACGAAAUGGACGGCGCCAUCAGGAGAAGCUCUGUCAUUCCACGCCCCUACCUCAGAGCACUUUGAUUUGACUUGGAUUUUCUUACGAUUACCUCAUCUUCCUCUUUACCGGACGCGCACGGCGCCCGGUUGUCGGACCUCGUUUCGCACUGUGAACUCAGCUCUUUGGGUUAUUUUUUUGCCGUUUUUAUUUUUUGUAUUCCGGCGACGCAGUCUCAAUCCAGGAAUACCGCAACGUGCUCUUUCACACAACUUCAUAGACUUUUUCAAGAUUUUUUUUCUUUUUAUAUUGACGACCAUUUCUCCGCUUUGCUGUAUUUUUCUAUUUCUAUGUGGAUCAAAGUAUUGGGCCUGGCCGGAUUUGUUAAAAGGACUGUCCCAAUACUUUUGUCCAGGUAGGCCAGGGGUGGCCCAUGGGCCCACUUAAUUUUGUCCUAAAAUUAGAUGUAUUGGAUUUUUUUAUUUUUUUAUUAUCCUGUGUCAUUAAAUAGUUAGUUGUAAAUAUUAGUCAAAACGAACAAUUUUAUAUACAGUGUGUUCCGAAAGUAUUCAGUAUUCCAAAAUGGAUUGAAAAAAAAUCUUCAAAAUUGUAUACACAUCCCAAAAUGACAAUGUGAAAAAUUAAGAUAUUUAUUGGAAUAUUUUUUAUAGAUCAAUUUCUUGGCUGAUGCUAAUUCCAAUAUUUGGCAGAAUAAAAUUCUAAUGAAUUGUCCCAAAAAAGCAUUUGACAGUUUGACAACUUGUAAGGGAGUAAAACCUGCCAUAUUUGUGUCACUUGCCAAAUUUAAAAUUUUUAAAACUUUUGCAAACAAGUCAAUGUCAUUCUGGGAUGGUGGCCAUCAAAUUUUGGGGCCCUCAAAAUGAUUUUAUUCCAUUUCUAAAAUGUGAAAAAAUGAAGCUGUGAAUACUUUCAUUGAUAAAUUAUAAUUUAAUUUGAAAUAACGACUAUGCGAAUGGAUUAUUUUAGCAUUGGAAUCAAUGAUUUUGCAUGCAAAUUUAAACUUUUCUGUUGCUUGAAAUUAGUCCAAAAGUUUGCCCACCCCUGAUUGUAGUGUUUGCAUUUUUGUCAUUUUUUGGUUUGGCGUUAAAACUUGCCAUAUCAGUAUCGGUUCUGUGUCAUAAAAAUCGGUAUCUUGGGCAGAUUUACUUUUUUUUUUUGGUUAUUGACACGCGCAAAGUGGGAGAAUGUUUAUUAUUAUUAUUAUUAUUAUUUGUAAUCAUUGUCGCUCAUCCGGUCCCUCGGACGAUGUUUUUUCUUCAGGGAUGAGGAAUCCUUUCCUCUCUUCACUCCACACUACGAUAACAAAAAAGAAAAAAAAAAAAAGCGAUGCACGUUGAAAUUCCAGAUGUUAUGCAACAGCUGCUCAGUGGAAAGGCCGCCCCCCUUCCUCUUCCUCCUCCUAGUCGGCAGGUACAACAGACUUUUUGUUAACGAUGUAAAUAACAAAGAGAAAUGUGAAUAAUAAUAAUAGUAAGGUUAAUCAUUAUCAAGACAAGUUUGUGGUAAAUAACUACUCGCCUCCGUCAUCUUCUCUUUUUUUGUUCAUUUGUUUUGGAUUUUCUAUUUUUCAGAUUCUUUCAAUGAUGAUGCGUAUGUAUAUGACUAUCAGUGCGUGUGAUGAAUACUGUAUAUUAUUAUUAUUCUGGAUCUUCUCCUUUCCUGCUCCAUGUGUCUGAUGCCAGAGAAUGGUUUCUAUAGCGACUGCUGAAUGUGAUUUUUACUGAGCGACGAGCAGUGUGGACUGGCUUUUGUUUUUAUUUGUCGUCGUCGUACGGGUUGUUUUCAAAGAGUAAAAAGGCCAUAUUGUAAUUUUUUUUCCUCUCGCUUUCUCUCUCUCUCGUUGAGAGAGUGGAGCCUCGGCCGGGUGGAGAAAACACCACCAGAACACCCCCGACCGACAUCACUCUUAGGGAUCUCAAAUGACCAAAGCCUCUCAAAAUCUCGUAUGCAAACCUUGUCAUUGUAAUAGCGCCCCCUGUCUUUUGAUAGAAGCAGCCCAAAGUCAACAUGAGCUAUGCACCUAAAAAAGUACAAAUGAAACACUGGAGUGAGCCUCAAUCCAUCAACGUUUUGCUUAUGUUGGACAAAUCCAAACCUUGUUUUGCAAAAAAAAAAUGUGAGGCUGCUAGGCUGUUUUCAUCCUCUGGAACACAUUUUUUUUUUUUAAUCUGCUUCUAUGCAAAACAUGUAAAUCCACAUUUUGUUUCAGGUAGUAGCAAAAAAAAAAAGGCGAUGGCUAUGCUAAAAGAAAAUCUUUGCUAACCUUGUAUGCAAAAACUACAAAAAACAUAUCACCAGGCUGUGUGCCUGUGAGCUUUAUUUAAUCAGAAAAAUAUUUUCUUUAUUGCAUACUGUUAAAAAAUGUGAUACAUACACCCCCACGCCAAUCUCAUGAAUUCAUGUAAGCUUUUUUAUUCGGUUCAAAAAGGACAAAGAAAAAGACGGCAGUCACAUCUGGUCGUGUUUUCUCCACUUUCAAGGCUCCACUUUCUCCCCUUGUACAAAUUAAUAUAAAUAAAUAUAUAGAGAUAUAAGUAUAUGAAACAUUUUACUCUUUUUAAUAUGACCCUCAUGUAAGAUUUGGUUGUAAAGAAGAGGUACGGACGGGAGCAGCUACGAUAUGAGAAGUGUUCAUGUGGGACAACUUUUUUUUUUUUUAUUUAUGCAUGUUGGGAGUUUUUCCUGUUUUAUUUUCUUUCCUCCCAAUCCCCGUCCAUCCCCAGCACCAAUCUGUUCAGAUGUGAUUUGGGGAGACCUUUUUUAUUUUUGAGGGGUUGUUCUAGACAAUCAGUGUGGGCCGCCUCGGUGCCCCCCUUCCUCCUCCCCCUCCUCGUUGGGACUCAUUUGUACAAACAAAAAACUCGACUGGACGUUUUUUUGUCUGCGGCUGCUCAAGUUUACAUACACAAAAGGAACACAUGCUUGUGGAGUACACACAAAACACCUCGUGCAUCAUUUUUGAUCCCUCGCUAUUUUAAAAGAAAAUUCUUUUGAAUGUUUUAGUUGUCCUUUUUUGCUCCUCCUCUGAGGUGAGGACAUGUUUUUGUCCCCUUUUUUUGGACUAACAAAUCUAUAACAUCUGAAUAUGAAUGUGGGAAUGCAAUACACAUUGCAAUAAAAGCACCGUUUAAAAAUGCA